AUGGUGACAAAAAUCCCGGCUUACCAAGGCUCCUCUUUCUCAACUCCAAACUACAUUGUGACCAUUGGUUUUGGAACUCCAAAACAUGACUUAACCGUCUCAUUUGACACCGGAAGUGAUGUUACUUGGAUCCAGUGCCAACCUUGUGCCGGCUAUUGUUACCACCAACAAGAGCCGAUCUUCGACCCAACUAAAUCUUCGACUUACUCUAAUGUCUCUUGCUCCGCACCAGCUUGCUCACAGCUACAAGUAUCCGGGUGCUCUGAUACCACUUGUCUUUAUGGUGUUCUUUACGGGGACAAUUCUACUACUAUAGGUUUUUAUGCCAAAGACACUCUCACUCUUUCCUCCUCCGACAUUCUCCCCGGCUUCUUCUUUGGUUGCGGAGAGAAUAACAAAGGCCUCUUCGGAGAAACCGCCGGUAUCCUCGGCCUCGGGCGAGGCCUGACGUCUUUAAUCUCUCAAUCCAAAACCAAAUAUAAUGGUGUUUUCUCCUAUUGCCUCCCUUCCACCACCUCCUCCGCCGGCUACCUCACCUUAGGCGGUAAAGCUCCGGUGAAUCUCAAGUAUACUCCAAUGCUCACUGAUUCAUCAAUGCCUAGCUUCUACUUCCUUGAUCUUCAAUCCAUCAGUGUGGCCGGAACAAAGCUCUCUAUUUCUCCGACUGUGUUCUCCAAUGCCGGAACUAUAAUAGACUCUGGCACGGUCAUUAGCCGGUUGCCACCUGCAGCAUACUCUUCUCUCCGGCAAGAAUUCCGGCAAAAAAUGGCAAAGUAUCCUGCGGCGCCGGGGAUUAGAAUUUUUGACACAUGCUAUAACUUAUCAAGCUAUGAGACGGUGGAGAUUCCGAUGGUGGCAUUGGAGUUCGCCGGCGGAGUGAUCGUGGAUUUGGAUUUCUUUGCAAUAGUGUACGUUGUGAGUUUGUCUCAAGUUUGCUUGGGUUUCGCCGGAAAUGGUGACGCCGGCGACAAAGGGAUCAUUGGGAAUGUUCAGCAACGUAAACUUAGUGUGGUUUAUGAUGUGGGAAACAAAGUUAUUGGGUUUGGUCAAGGCGCUUGUAAUUGA